AUGAAUAGUUCUAAAGAUGAUGAACAAGGUGGAAGGCCUCUUCCAGAGUGGCUUCGUGAUGGGAUAGCAGAAGGGAUGUGUGCUUCCCCUAAAUGUGAACCCUCAACAGUAAGCCCCAAACAAAAGAGUUCCUGGGCGCUCAACGGUAUACAAAACACUCCUGAAGUCCUCUCCCUUAUUCUUGACAAAUUAGAAGAACAAUCAUUACAUAUCGAAAAAAUGAGUGCUGCUCUUGCAGGACUGAAGUACCAUACUUCCUUUGAUGUACUCACGAUGGUUAAUGUUGCGGUUGAUGCCAUUUGUGAAGAAGCUGUGAUCCACGUAAGAAGUACCGUAGAAUAUACGGAUUUAAUUGCUACUGUAACUCUCAGCUUUAUCACUGGGGAGACGUCAAUACUUCUUGAAGAGACCAACAACGAUGUGGAUUUUGUUGGUGUGAGAUUUUUGUCGAACUGUGUGUCGGGCUGUCACCUUCUUCUUAAGGGCGGGGUGUACAGUGUUGUUGUAAAUAUGGAUACCGACAAGAUUACAGAUGUCACGCAGUUAGUGUUGACUGCACAAAAUGAGGAAUCCACACGGGAGUUGUACCAAGCACUCCUGUCUCUCUACACACAUCUCGGGACGGGGUCUGGAGCUGUUGCCACGGCUCCUCCUGUUGAAUAUAGAAAUUCACCGUCAACGGGAUCGCGCUCCUCAACGCGCAGUCUCAUCUCGCGUGAUCGCGUAUCGGACGCUCGGGCCCCGACAAUGCGCCGGCGCUGCAGACCGCCCCGCACAGUCGGAGAAGGCGUCUCUUGUGCAGAAGUCCCCGUGAACAACACAGAUGGAUUGCAUUCCCAUCCAUCACGAUAA